AUGUCCACUCCUCUUCCUGAUCAGAUCGGGACGCUGAUCGUAGUGGUUCUUAAGGGGAAAAACCUGCCAAAUAAGCGCCACAUCGGGAAACAAGACCCUUACUGCACACUAGACAUUGGCAAGCAGCGCCUUCGCACUAAGAUAGUCAAGAGAGGAGGUCAGCAUCCAGAGUGGGAUGACGAAAUACGGUUCGCCAUUUUGGAUGAUGAUGAAGAUGCACCCUCCGGCGCUACAGGGGACCAGCCUCCACCCGUUCCCUCGAAAUCCCCAAAAGCAAACUGGAACAGGGAUAGAACAAUGCGCCUAUCUUGUUACGCAGAUGAUCCACGAGAGCCGGAGCUUAUAGGGGAAGUGAAUAUUAAGCUGAAGGACGUGCUUACAAAGGGAGAGACUGAUGAAUGGUACCCUCUCACCUACAAAGGGAAGUACAGUGGAGAAAUAUACCUUGAGAUGACAUUUUGGUCAAACGCUAGGCCGCCAGCCAAAUCCCGACCUUCCAGAGAAGGGAUCUUUGAAGCGGCGGCACCAGAAUCGCAACGCAUUGCGUCAAGCUCCACCUUGAGACCAUCUACUGCCACAAAUUCAAGCCGUUCACGCCAGUCUUCAUUCUCCACUCCAUACAAACACGCCAACGACAUUAUGCCGAAUGACAAUCUAUCAGCCUCUCCACCCGAAAUUCUUAGGCCAUCGAGCUCACUUGCCAAACUGGAUUUAUAUGUGGCACCAUGGGAAGAUCCAAACAGAAUCACCACACCCCGUCCGCAAUACAAUGAUUUUGGUGCGGUUCAGCCAGCUCGGCGCAGGGACAGUUUUCCUCCACACUCUGACCACCUGAAGGGGGUGCAUCCGACGCAUUCGUCGAUGCACGGUCUCUCACGUCUUUCUGAAGCGAGUUUGACUCAAAGCAUGUCUUCGCUUUCGAUUCAGAGUCCCACAAGCUCAAAUCCCCGUCAUUCGCGUCAUUCCACGGGUGCUAGUGGCUAUCCGAAUGCAUCCCAGACGUAUCACGAUCCAUAUUAUGAUCAGUCCCAACCCAACAUCUUUCACCAACCAGAUCAUCCGAACGGGAGUUCCGGAUUUGUUCCCAUCCGAAGGACUCCUUCCCCCUUCGUUCCAGGGGUCCAAGAUGCAUAUUCAAUACCGUAUCCUUCACCAAGUCCUACGCCAAGUUUUAGGCCUUCGCAUCGUCGUGCCUCGUUCAAUGACCUCACUGCUCCUGAUCUUCGGUUGCAAGCAAACUAUCAGCAGGCCUAUUCAACUCCUCCCCAUCCAAGUAGCAGGGACUCCCUUUCACCUUCACCAUCUCCUUCCCAACAUCAUUUCAACCGUUAUCAGCAGUCACCGAAUGGUGAACAAUUUGGGUCGCCCCUAUCCCCUUACCCUGGUUAUGGUCCUCAGGAACACGAUCCCGAGGCUGUCACCCUGGUUCAGCAACACUUCAUUCCAUCCCUGAAUCAGACUUAUGGUGCAACAGCCCAGCAUGAUAAUAGAUACGACGCGCCACAUUUGGUUGCCAGCCCGCCUCCAAGCAUUUCGCCCCAGUCCUUGCGAGUGAACUCUCCUCUGGGAGCAGUUGCUCCUGGCGGGCGUCCUCUACCGAAUCCGCAACAAAACCAGGCACCUCAUUCGCAAUCGCAGCCAACGGUAAGCUAUCAGCACGCUGCCAGUAGUGGGUUCAAUAUCCCCCCACCUCCGUCUUUGUCUUCUCUCAUCCCACCACCACCACCCCCUCCCACCCUUUAUCAGCAGCUGCAGCAGCCCCUCCGAGAUGGUAGUACAUCUCCCCAUCGGAACUCAUACGUCACCCAGGAAGAUGGACGUAUUGGACCGCAGAACGGUAGGCAAUAUGCCCCUCGGCCAUCAGGUCUUCCACCAUUUCCAGCUGGACUCCCUAAUCGGCCUCAGUCUGCUUUUGAGGCUUUUGGAGGCACUUUACCUUACUCGAAUAUCCCACCGCCACCGCCACUCCCCUCCACAACUCCGUCACCCCCGAUACAGCCGACCCAGGGCCAACCUUAUGGGGGAUAUGAGCCCGGCGUGCAGCCAGGCUACGCACGGCAGUCAUAUGCACCCCCGCCUCCGCCACCUCAGUUCAUGAACUCGCAAUACCAACAGUGGUGA